AUGGGGCUUCAGCACCGGCAGAGGCAGCGAGCUGGCCUGCCCGCCCCCGUGCGAGUAAAACCAGCCCUUAAAGGCGCUUGCCUCGACAGGGAUACCUGCCCAGAACGGCUUCAUUUUCCACCUCUUUGCCGCAGUAAGCGGCGGCCAGCGGGGCCAGACCGGGCCCCAGUGGAGCAGAGCUGGCAGCUCCGCACGGGGCAGGAGGACCAGGAGCAGCCUGAGCUGCACCAGGUAGUCCCGGGCUCUGAGCACAGCAGCCGGGGGCGGGCAGGCUGCCGCUCGUCUCCGUUUCCCUGGCAGGCGGGCGCGGGCAGGCUGCCUCCCACGCCCGUCCUGCGGCUGUCCCCGCCCGGGCAGGACUACAGCGCCCGUCGGUCCCUGCGCGCCGCCCCCACAUUCCCGCCUCUCGCCGCUAUCGCCUGCCUCUUGCCAGCCGGGAGCCGGACCCGGCUCACCGAGGGGGGCUGCGGCCGCCGGGCAGGGCAGGGCAGGGCGGGGCGGGGCGGGGCGGGGGUGCUGCGGGCGGUGGCCGCCCUCGGGGGCGGUGGCGGGGUGGAGCCGGGCGGCCCCGGCCCCGUCCGUGCGGGGGAGCGGCUCCCGCAGCCUCUCUGCCCUGUCCCACCCGCUCCCGCCGCCGCGGCUGAUGAGGUGAAGAUGGUGAUCCGCGUCUUCGUCGCCUCCUCCUCGGGCUCGGUCGCGAUAAAGAAGAGGCAACAGGAUGUGGUGAGGUUUCUGGAAGCCAAUCGCAUAGAGUUUGAAGAAGUGGAUAUCACCAUGUCAGAGGAGAAAAGACAAUGGAUGUAUAAAAACAUUCCUGAGGAUAGGCAGCCUGCACAGGGCAAUCCACUGCCACCACAGAUAUUCAGCGAUGAUCGGUACUGUGGAGAUUAUGAUGGCUUUUUUGAAUCAAAGGAGAGCAACACUGUGUUCUCCUUUCUUGGACUGAAACCUACUUUGGCAUCAAAGGCAUCAGAACCCUAGAAAGCCGAUGUGAAGUCCCAACAAGCACAUUUCUGAAUGAAUGACCCUGUUCUUCAGCACAUAACAGCUUCCCUAAUGGAUCACUGUGAUAGAGCAAACAUGCAUCGUUAGUAGUAGUCUGCUUGCCAUGAGAUGGUGCUCUCCAAUAGUGUGGAGCUAAUGACACACGUAUGAAACAGGCCAGGCUACUCACCUUCCUUUUUAAUAAUACUCACUGUUGAUGUUUCACUUUUGUCUUUGGCUUGCUCUUGCAACUGGCCCUGAUAUUCUAACAGACAUGUAUGUUUGAGAGCAAGGAGUGGAAGUGUAGGGCUUAUAUCAUUCAUGGAUAUACUUAUGUAGUCAAACUUCCUACUGUUUUUAAGUCUUCCCAAAUUAGCUCAUCAUGAUAGUUAAAGUGCUCAUGGUUAUUAGGCUGUCUGUGCUGGCUAUGAUCCAGAAGAUAAAAAACAUAAAUCUUGAGAUCUCAGUCUAAGUCAAUAACUGCUGUAUUUUUGCUCUACAUUUAUUUAUUGUGAUGUUUAUUCUAGAUCAUGGUUAUUUUAAGAGACAUGGGCUGCUAAUAUUGUUCAUCAAGACUGGAUUUGUCUAAUGAUGCACAUUGCAACUGACUGUUUAAAAUCAAUUCCUUUCAUGAGGGAGGUGCCAAAGUGAAAUAUUUUGACGUUUCCUCUUCCAAAAGCAGGUGAAAUGUGCAGGAAAACACUUGGUGGAAAUACCGGGGAGUUCAGAAGAACUAAAGGGGUCUCAUAGCUAAUGGUAAUAUGAAGUUCUCUCUUAAAUGAGAAAGUCUUAACACCCACAGUUGGAGCUCUGUAGUUGGACUGUCUUGAAAUUUUGCCAAACCCUUCAGUUUACCUCCAAUUACACACAGCUCCUCCACAAGCCAUGUGAAAGUCAGGGGGAUACUUUGAGAGUCAGGGCUCAGUCCCAUGGGUGGUUAACACUACUAUGGUCCAAGAGCACGCCUAACUUGCCUAGCUGUUGUCUUGGUUAUAUCCCCAGAUGUGGUCAUGUGAUGGUGCCUCAAAGAGAGUGAAAAAGCUGGGUGUGUGCUUUGCUGGAUAAGGCCACAAUAGCAGUUCAGCUGAGGAACAGGAGCCAAGUAAAGAAAGUGGAGAUUAUUCUAGGGAGACUGCAUUGAUGUGUAUAGCAGAACUUAGGCCUGUUGUAAUAUACAUUACAAAAUGCAUUCUAGAGAGAAGUCAAAGUGCAUUAUGCAUCUUGAAUCAAGUUUGGCUAUGAAAAUAACAGUUAUGCUGUAAUGUGUCUUUAACUCAAGUGAUUUCAUAAUGACAGGGUAGUGCCAUCACAGUCUUUGGGUAAUGAAAGACAACCAUUAUGUGGAAAAGCUUCUUUGCAAUCACAGUACCACUCAGACUGUGUGGCUUGAAGGAAGCUAAACUUGUAAAAAGUGUCACGCUGUCUUGUGCAACAAAUCAAAUGUUCUGUUAACGUCAGUAAACGUGGCAUACAAGACAUGUUAGUUGGAAGGGACAACAGUUGGAGGUCAUCUGGCCCAGCACUGUCAAAAUCAGGGCUAACGACAACACUGGCUUGGAUCAGAUAUAGGUUUGUCUAGCAGAGCAUUAAAAAUAUCCAAAGAUGAAGAUCUCAUAACUCUGUAGGUAACCUGUGCCAUUGCUGCAAUGCUUUCCUAGUGAAAACUUUCUUAAAAAAUCCAGUUUUGACUCCUAGGCUGUAAUUUGUGGCUGUUGCCUUUGGUGAGUUUUCUGGGACUCAGAAAGAGAUUGGCACCAUUCUUCUUGCAACUGCCCUCAAGAUAGUUGUAGUCUACCAUUAGAUGACCUCUUAGCCUUCUUUGUACCAGACUGAACAAACCUGGCUCCUCAGUUCAGUUAAAGGGCUAGAUGGAGCAAGAGCACACACAGAUUUGAAGUCCAUGGUUGUAUUUACUGGUCAAAAUCUUAGCCGUGGCACCUUCUCUACAGGAAUCCCAAAUGUACGUUUUUAAGAAUUGUUGUCUGUGUUAAGGUACUGUGACAUUCUUGUAACCAAUCCCAUAUUUUCAUGAGACUUGAAUCUCACUAUAGGAAGGGAAUAUGACAUUGUUAACUUCACCAAGUUAACAGCAGAAGGAACUAUUCCUAGAAGGAAGUUAAAUAUUUAACUUUGUAAAUGAAUACAUAUAUAAAUUUACAUAAUUGCACAGUUGAUUACAGAAAAGCCAUCCUGGAUUUAUCAUGUACUUGAUACGUUGUAAACUUCUAGAACUGCCUGAAGUCCCAGGUUUGAAAAAUUUACCUAAGUGUGUAAGUAUAUACACAUGAGUAAUCCUGGGCAAAAUCCCAGGCUUACUGAUGUGAAAGGCAAACCACACUGAUUCCUCCAGGGAUGAAAUUAGUUUUGCAAAACUCCUCUUGAAUUUUGAUAAAUGUAGAAUAGAAGGCUCUCAUUCAGUGGAGAGUUAGUCUUGUUACAGCUGUUAAGUAAACCUAGCUUAUUUCAGAGCACACAUGUGGGCAUAAUCUGUGUGGAGGACAACACUAGCUCUGAAGAUAUUCUGCUUGCUUGUAUGGAUUGGCAGUGUAAGUCCCUUAGAAUAUGUGCUUUUGAAUUAUAAGUGGCUAGCUUAAAAAAAAAAAGAAGUGUAUAUAUAUAUAUAUAUAUAUAUAUAAAAGAGGUGUUAUUUGAAUGUGAAUUUGGUCUGUUGUGCAACAGCCUUAUUUUUGUAGUUAAACUAAGUAGAGUUCUAGUUUGUUACACAAGAUGAUCUGGAAUUUUUUAAACCAGUUUUGUAAUAAUGAAAUGUAGCUAUCAGGUAACUGAAAAGGUCUGGGGAAACUAGAGACAGUUAUUGAAAGAAAUAAUAAAUUCUUAGUUCUCUUCAAAAUUUUUGCAUAUAAAGGUAUGCUUGAGAACCAACCAAAUGGUCCAAAUUUCUAGUUAAUACUUCUAACUACUCCACUUUUUAAAAGGGAGAGCAGUGUGAAUUGAACUGUAAAUCUUUGUACCUAGCUGAAGCUGCUGUGUGGGCUGACGUGCACAUGCACAUUCACUGUAUCAGUGGCUUUGAUAGAGGUGUUUUUGUUUGUGCCACACACUACUGGAUAGUGCCUUGUCAGAAAGAGGACUGUAGGGUCUUCCUAGAUGUGUUUAAACUUUGAACUGAGAAAGGGGUAGUUUCUAUAUUGCCAUUUUUUUAAUAAUACAGUAAAUUAGUUUCAAGGCCUGAGUGAAAAGGCACAUGCUUUGUAAGACUGAAACAGUUUUUGAUGAGUCUUCUGAACUUCUGAUUUUUCUUAGGUGAUUUUCUUUUUUCUCUUUUCCUAUUUGUUGACUGUCUAGAAUCAAACCUUCCAAGGGAAGUGGACCUGCAGUAAAGCCCAUAAAUCCAUGUUUACACUUAGUUUACAAUAAGUAUCUGAUUCAAGCGUUGAGCAGCGCAAGUGCUGUGACUGAAGUGAAGAGUAGCUGCCAAGCUCUCACUGCAUUUUCAGGUUGUCCCUCCCUGCCCUUUUCCCCCAUCAGGCCAUUAUUUGGGGCAAUACCAUGGUUCAGAUGUAGGAGUGCAAGAAUGGGGUGAUCAUCAGGAAAGUGCCAAAUCCCAUUAGUCUUCAGCGACUCACUGAUUUCACCAGAUCUUGGCACAAACAGUGGCAGGAGGAUGGAGCCCUGUGUGUACACCCUGCACAGAGAGCAGGAGGGAAAGAUGUGGUGAAGAAUGGCGCGCGGCUUGUGACGGCACCGUGACCAGGGGUUCUCGGAGGGGCCUUUGGCUGGCAGUGCCAUGUGUGAAACCACAUAGCAUCGCUUUCCACAGGACUUCCACUGCAUCAUGGCCUACCCUUCACCCUCUCGCUCCCUAAAGAAUUUGGGAGGGAAAAUGGAGAACAGUUUGUUGAGAGCAGUCCUCCAGCCAGGGCAGAUCCAGCUUACUCCUCUUUUCCUACUUCACCUCUUCCUAGUGUACGUCAUCCUGUCCUGUGUAGACCUACAUGUGUGCAAAGCUUCCACUCCCAGCCAUCUGUAACAUCCCUGUGAGGCACAAAUGCAGAGCUGGUGUUCACCUUCACGGCGUCAGUGUUCUGUAACUCGGUAGGGGAGGGAGCACGUUGCAUCCUAGGCCAUGUACACAUUAUGUAUUAAACUGUGUUCAUCUAAUAAAAAGUUGUAAUUCAAAAAA